AGUUCGUCGUCUUACCCAAUUGUUGGCAGGUGUGUUAAUCCAUUGUGCUUUGUUCCUGUUUCGAUUGGCUGUGAUCAAUUCUGUGAGUGGUGUUAACCAUGUCUACUACGCCGCAAUCUCGGGAAAAUGGAGGUGAAAGUCAUAACGCUGAAGCGACGGGCUCUAACGGAAGUGGUUCUAAGCCAACGCGCCGUAACAACAACAUAUGGGGCUCCGCGGUUGUUCCCGCAGCCAAGCCAGAAUGGCCUGAAGAAGCAGCCGUUGUCGCUCCAACACCCGUUGAGCCUGUGGCCUUGGAAAGUAGUUAUCUGAAUGCAGAGGCUUUGGCUGCACGUUGGCAAGAGCUGAAUCAUGUUCAGGCUCAAAUGGCCUACAUGCAGCAACUGCAGCUGCAUCAGGCUGCCGUGCAGAAGCAAGAUGGACGUCAAUUGGACACUACGAACGUUUACGUCGCGCAUUUGCCGGCUACUUUUGGGCAGCAAGACUUCGUCGAUCUCAUGAGUAGGUUUGGAACAGUAGUGUCAAGCCGGUUGUUGGCCGGGGAACACUGGAAAAAGAAGGGUGUUCGCGGUGUUGCUUUUGCAAGAAUGGCAACGCCGGAAGAAGCAGCUGCGGCUAUCAAAGGAGUGAAUAAUCUUUCAUUGCCCGGGUCCACGAUGCCCCUGAGGGCUCGAUAUGCAUUCAAGACCCAACGUGAGAACGAAGAAUUUGGAGCUGCUCAAGUUGAAACUGCUGCUCUCGGUUCUGCUGGUACUGUUGCGGCAUACGCUGGACUGGCAGCUCUUUCGACCUAUGCCGACCCUUACGCCAUACCUACCGCGAGUUACGCGGCGCCAUUCGACCCUUAUUACGACGGCGAUUGGCAAGCGUACGCUGCCUAUGCGACUUAUGCGAAUCCGCAAGCGUAUUAUGCUACCACUGCUGGAGGCAGUUCGACGAGGCGACGCAGUGGAGAUGGUCGCGGGUCCCCGGGGACCAGCCGUGGUUCUCGGUCCGCUCGCGGUACCAUGCCUUCACGGACGCUGAUGGGUCACGAGCAAGAGAAGAAGUCGACGAGAGCCGUCGACAUGGGGGUUCUUCAUCGGGUCGUCGUCAUCGUAGUUGGAAAGAUGAACGCAGCAGCAGAAGAAGUGAAGAACGUAGGACGUCUUGCAAGCGCCGAAAGCGUAGCGACUCUUCGUCCAGCAACGAAUGAAUGGCAAAUGACUGUUGAGCACCGCGGCGGCUUACUCGUAUUGGACCAGUGUGGGUCCGCGGAAGUAGUGAGUAUCGUGUUUCCGUGGUGCCACGCGUUUAUGGAGCGGGAAGAUGCGACGUCGACCGACAAGCCCCCAACGGAUGAAUCUUUAAUCGCGGAAGAAUUACUUGGGAAGGAAGGAUCAAUGGACCCCCUAGAGCACGAUGUUGUUCUUGCUGGCGAAGGGCUGGAAGACGCCGAGGAUUCUUUGGAUGACAUGCCUGGGUCUAUUCCAGAUAAUCAGAAUCCAUCCGGAGAGCCGACCGAGCCCGUGAAAGAUGACGAAGAUCCUGCCGAACUUGACGACGCGUCGAAUGCCGACGAUUCUCCGGAAGUUGUCAAUUUGGAUGACAACGAAUUAGAUGAAGCCGACGAAGAAAUCGAGUCAGAGAAUGACGAGUUGGUAGAAGAGGAUGACUCAUCAAAAUCGGACAUAGAAUGCAUGGAUAUCUCAUCUCCGAAAGAUGCGGAUGAAGUUUUCUCAGAUUCCAAAGACAUGGGUGACCGCUCAUCUGUAGGAGAUCCUGAAGUCUGUGAUAUCUCUCAAGAGGAUUCAGAGAACGACGAUGAUGCCGAAGGCAAUGACGACGAGAAAAAUGCCGUAAAUUCUGUGAACGACGCCUCUAUCAUUGAAGAGGACGACGAUGAUAUUAUUGUUGAACAAGAAGUUAAAAGUGCUCCGAAAGUUCCCGGUAAAAACGAGGAAACCACGAAGAAGCCGCACGUUUCGUCCAAAGAACUAACUAUCGUCGAUGUUUCCAGUCUCCUUCCGAAAACUGACCCCAAGGCAACUCGUGUUACUCCAGAAAUGGCAAAAACAGUGGUGGCUGAGAAAUUGAUGGGUAAGCCGAAACCACCAAAAACUUCCAAGACUUCUCUGUUGAACACUGUGUUAUCCGACGGGUACCAGCUGGGCGACAAAGAUUUCGUCUUAGAAACAGCAUCAUUCGUUUGUCCUUACGUCUACCAGAAGCCUCUAAGUAAACCCGUGGUAGAGGUAUGGCGUGAACUUCGUAAGAAGCAUGCGGAAGAAUCCGGUGAGACUUUGGAUGAUGAGGAAGAGGAUGAAUUGUUCAAGUCAGAAGCCAAGAAACCCGUCGAUGGAAAGAAGAAAAAGCAAAAAACUAGGAAAAGGGGCUACAGUGACGCUGACGAAGCGUGGUCUGGUGCGUCUGAGUCAGAUAGUGAGAGUGACUCGGAAAAGUCGAAAAAGGAUCCCUUCUUUUCGGAUCCAAUCGGAUCUUUUCUUCUCAACAUCGGGAAAAGUAUCGUGGAUGAAUUUGCGAACUACGAUCUACUGCGUAUGCAGAAACGAAAGUUGGCCAAGGACGGAGGUGCAUCAGCCCCAGCUGCUGCCCACAAAGUGAUUCAGAUGACGAAAACUGCGCUAGAAAAUUCCAAAAAUAAAAACAUACCGUAUAAACUGGCGUAUAAGCGGUGCAGGUUCUGUAAUUUUCGCACAACGUCGAGCACUGUUCUUGCGCGGCACUAUGAAGUUCCGCAUCCAGGAUCCGGCAAUUUGGCUUACUGCAAUUUCUGUAACUUCUCUUCAAGAGUAUCCUUGGAAAUGGAAGACCACUUCCGCAUCAUGCAUAAGCGAAGGUAUCGCGUUCCUCGUCCGGAUAUCCGAUUUAAAUGCCCGUUGUGUCCGUGGGAAGACAGAUUUAAAGUCCGUUUUGCCAGACACAUGGAGGCUUGUGAGAAGAAAUUCGUCCCAGAAAAAACCCUGGAGAUAACGGACUGGGAGCCCCCAGCAAAGGCCCCUCUUCGGCAGUUACUUCAAGGUGGAAAAACGGAUUUAAAUUCCGCUCGGAUGAGCUAUCAGUUCCAUCCGUUGGUGACACGAGAGCAUGUCAAGGUUGCAAAUAUGAUUUUAGCUUCUGCUUCGAAACCCCCGAGACCGCAGCGAAAUUAUUCUCUCCCGAAUCCUCCUAAUCCAGUUAUACCGAGAGGACCAAGCAUGCCGUCACCAAACCUCUCCAUGUUGAUGAAUCAAGGACUUCGCGGCCCGAGGCCUGAUUUAAUGCAACUGACUCGACUUAUGUGGCAACAACAGCAGCAAAAUCCUGGGACCAAUAUGAGCUGGUUAAAUAAUUUGCAGGCAAAUGGACAGGGUGUCGCUGUUGCUGGAGGAACGUCAAUUUCCCUCGUUCCUUCAAGUGGAAGAAAAUCAGGAGGGAUCUCUGUUCGUCCUAAUAUCAGUAAUAUGAACAGUGGUCCUCGGGCUUCAAAUGGGACUCACAAAAAUCAUCCAGGAAGCAUGCCUUUCAACUUGCCGUCGUCACUUACUAUACAGUCCUUGAAAGGCAAUGUCCAGCAGAAUCCAAAGCCGCAGCCGCAGACACGCGCAGCUGCGAAACCUUUGAGCAAAGGAAACUUACCUCCUGGACCGUCCCCAUCAGUUUCGAUUACACCUUUGCCAGCUUCGGCUGGGCGACGACAAGGUAUGCCACCCGUUGUGCAGGUGGGUGCUGGACCCGGACGGCGGGCUGCUGGUAUCCCGCCCAAUCGUUUCGCCGGUGACGAACAGAAUCCCACAGUGAUGUACCAAUGGAAGUUGUUGGCGCAUGUGACCAAAGAUCACAAGAUGAAUCUGAAGCCUGCGCAUUUGUCGUACAAGUGCACGGUGUGCACAGCGACCUUCUCCAUGUAUCGUUCAUUCGAGCAGCAUGUUUACCUCGAGCACACGACUCUGACGCGUCGACAGGGUGGCGCUGUAAUCCCUCGGAAACAUCCUGCUCGGGUACCCGGACUACCGGGCUCGCUCAACAUCUCGGACGAGAUCACAAUCAUUCCACAACCGAAGACUAUUGUAGGAAAUAAACGCCCCGCGCCUACAAGACCGAUUACCAUCGAUUUAUCUGAUGAGGAAGAGCCUCCAGCAAAAGCCAAGUCAGGAGCAAAAGCUUGCGUAGUUGCUGAGGCGGUGGACUCAUGA